AAGGAAGUCAAUCAACAAUAAUCUGUAGACGUCCGUCGUAGCAGUAGACACUGCUCCACUGAGUCGAAGUCACCAGUAACCGUUUGUUUUUGUUUACUCUGCUGAUUAGACCUGGCCUAAAAAUGGCCUGCGACAUGCCAUGUAUGUCGUACAUGGCUCUGUAUGUCAUUUCGAUGCACAUUGUCAACAGUAAUAGCCGGUCUAGUUCGAGUUCUACUCACUGGAAACUGAAUCUGUCAGCAGGCAAGGUAGAGCAAGCCAGUGCAGAGACAGACAGAACCAAUGGCUCGGAGAAGGUCAACAACCACAGCAGAAGCAGCGAAGUCAGCGGCCACAACAACUCGUCCAACAGUACGGGUCGCCUUAAGGGUCAGAAAGAGGAUUUUGAAGAGAAGAUGAUGGACAUUUUAACCAACAAAGUGAUGUCGGAGGGAGACUGGGUCGUUGCUCCGCCUCAGUUGGAUGUUAAUGUUAUUGAUGUUGAUCCUGAAUACUCUGUUCCAAACUGUGAUACUUCUUCCAAAAACUGCAAGGAGAAAGAUUUAAAGCAAAGAUCAAAAACCUCAUCAGAAUCCAUCAAUACGAAAUCAGAAUCAACAAAGAAACUGAAGCCUUUGUCUUGUGGCAAAAAAGUGAAUGCCACGCUUUAUGACCACUUAAGAGGCGUGUCAGAAAGACAUUUACACUCCAACAUUCCGGAGCCAGAUGUUGCCAUGGUUUUCAAAAACAGCGGCAAGUCCUCGGAGGUAGACAUGAAAGAGCUGGAACAGAAGCUGAGGAAAGCUAAAAAAGACAUAGAAAAGGCUGGACCUAGUCAAUAUCUCGACGACGCUAUUUUCCUGGCGCGCCGGUCGCUCCACCUGCAGGCAGCAGGAGACAACUCUUGGCUGCAGCACUACACACUGGGAGAGAUCCUCAAGUCAUACGGCCACAGCCAGGAGGCGGCCAUGCAUUUCCACCAGGCCUUAGAGCUCAACCCUGGCUUCCAGCCCGCCAAAUCCCACCUGCGGGACCUGGACACGGAGCCGUGCCCGUCGGUGACCCACCUCACCCUCUUCAUCAUCCUCUUCCUGGUGGUCGGCGUGCUUUUCGGCGUGGUCACUUCCAUCGAGACAAACUUUCAGGACUCAGGCUCUCAAGACGGCUCCAAAUUACAGCAGCGACAUUUUAACCGGGCGAUGGCGAUGAGGUCUAUUAAGCUGGGGAUAAACCCGCGUCUGUGCCGGCUGAGAAGGGCGGCCAACUCUUAAGAUUAUUUUUGUGUGUUUUUGGACAGGACGUUAAACAGCAAACCACCACUUACAUACACGCUUAUCUUGUCUCCAGUCCAAGCUGUGGGAAAAAAAACCUGUGAAAAUGCGCCCCCCGCUCCCUCCACACUAUUGAAAUGUCAGCGUAUAUAUUUGUCAAAAAUAGGCCUUUUCAUAAAUCUCUUGUCGUGGGUUCCAGAUUUUUAAAUUUCCUCAGAAAAAUAGUUUUUUUUUAGAUUUGUUUCUUGGUUACUAAUGUUGUAUAAGGUCCUUUUUAAAAAAAAAAGGAUUAUACCUCUCUGUGGUUUAUUUUCCUUGCGUUUUUGUCAUGCUCGUUGUAGACGCCUAGGCUCGCUUUUAUUGAACUGUGCUCCUUCUUUGUAGAAACUGGUAUCAACACGUGGAGAAGAUGUGUAGCACGGUCUGUUUUUACCUCCUGGAAUAUGUUUACUAGCUGUUUAUUGGGGUGUGGGGAGUGUUUCUGUCCGUAUUGAUGGUGUGGGGCACAGAUGGGCCCUUCCCAAGAAGCUUAUUUGACAAGUGAGGCGAACAAAAUUUCAAAAUUAAACUAUCUUAGACCUUUUAAACUCAAAUUUUACAUAAAUAAAUAGAAUAACAUUUGAAAGACACUAGAUACACAACGUUAUACCGAUGAUGUAUUUGACCCUGUUUCUGACAGGAUAAAUAAUCAGGAUUUGGAAAGUUUUGGAGUUGCCCAUUUAUGCCUGACACCAUCUGUAUAUCUCUUGCACAUUCUUCGUAUUGUUUUGGAAAGGUAUUUCAUUAAAGGGUGUAGAGGUGUUAAGUGUAGAUUGCUAGAAUCUGUUGGAACUGUUUUAUGAAUUUCCCGACAUCUAUGUUGCUCCGUGAUCCAUCAUCUCAGAUCUGACAGACUGCUUGCCUGCAGGCAGGCAGGCUGGGUUUUCUUUUUAUUUUGCACCUUGACGUGUGUCUGCCUGUUGAUCUGUACAUCUGUCUGUGUCUGGUACUUUUGUGUCGAUUUUCUUUUUAUACUUAAGAACAAGGAUAACUGUCGCAAUGCGGGUUGUUGGAGGGUGCUGCUGGUGGGAAGUUCUUUUUUUCCCCCCCCCGCUGUUGUUUCUGUCUGUCUGUCUUUCUUUUUCCCUGUACUGAAUGACUGUUGUUAUAUAUAUUGAUGCUCUAUGAAAUUGUCGAGUUAGAUAAAAGGGUGUUGGAUUCAAUAGGAGCUGGCAUUAGCAGAUUCUGUUGUGUGUCCACGCUGUUUUGUGCAAUGAUUUUUCACGCUUUUGUCUGCAAACAGUUCAAGUAAAAUAGUACAAAAAUAGGUAGCACUUUAUUGAUCCCUGUGGAGAAAUUUGAGUUAACAAUGGCAAACAUACAUACUUAAAACAUAAGCUAACCCACAAAUAUACCUACUAAGAAUGUCAAAUACGCCAAUUCAGAAAAU